AUGGCCAACCCACAGCGGGACGCACGGCCUCCCCACACAGCGCCAAGUGCCUCCACAAAUCCCUUCCUCGCAAAUCCUUUCAUGUCUCCAUCAUCCUCCUCCCCUUCCCCUUCAGCCGCGUUCCGCACUCCGCCUCCCGCUUUCGCUUCGCCCACUUCCGCGUCCCCCGCAUUCGCUACCCCCACUUCCGCUCGCCCCGCAUUCGCUUCCCCUCCGAUCGCCGCUCCUGUGACAUCGCCAGGCGACCGCCCAGAUCCCAGCUACGCCACUCCUCAAGCCACCAGCCGUGCUACAUCGAGAUUCGGCCCUCCGCUUCACGCACUCCCCUCCACUCCCUCUGGACCCAAAUCCAGCCCGCGAAACCCUAGCCGGGGUGGUAACCCGAUUCGGUCACAGCCGGUGGUUUCGCAGCCUUCAGCAGCAGCGCAAUCGGCCAGUCCUCCCGCCUUCGCAGCACCUUCCUCCUCUCCCGCCGCUUGGUACGGCUUCUCUCCCUCGGCCUCUCCUAUCGCCGAACGCAGCAACGCCAAGACGAACGCGCUCGUGUCAGCAGCCGAUGCUGCUGCUACGCCGUAUAAAGCUGCUGCGUCUUCGGCCCCUAGCAGCAUCCGACGAGCCGAAGCCGAGGAACAGGUUCGGGAGAGGUUCGGUAAUGGAGGGGCGGGUAGUCAUGCGGGUAUUUGCGAACGAGUAGGAGCCAAGGGUACUGGUCCGGUUAAGGGUAAGACACAGAAGGGGACGAAAGCCGAGCCAGCGGAUUGGAUUUCUGGCUCGGCAGGGGUGAAUCCAAUGGCUGCAGCAGACUCGGGGUGGACAGGUUCGGCAGCUGCUGCAGCUGGUUCGGGUGAUGUAGGUCCAGCGAGAGGCGCAGGAGGUGCGGCUCUUCAGAAAACGGAGAAGAAUCAAACGGACGGUUCAGAUCUACAAGAUCAUAGCAGACAAAAUGGAUUGCCAGGAGGCCGUUCCCAGCCGUCCGAUCCGCAACCGGCCUGUGUGGCGUCACAUAGAGAGGAGAAAAACAGAGUGACAGGCUCUCUUGCUACUUGUACUGUUUCCAUCACGCUGCUACCAUCGGCACUGGAGAGACAGGUUUCUCCUUCCGCCUCUCCUGCUUCCGCCCCGCUGCCCCCUCACGAGACGGGCUCCCCUUCCCCUGCCUCCCUCCCCUCCCCGUCCGCCACGCCCUCCGCUACCCCGUCCGCCACCCCUUCCGCCACCCCUUCCGCCACUCCUUCCGCCACCCCUUCCGCCACUCCUUCCGCCACUCGUUCCGCCACCCCUUCCGCCACUCCUUCCGUUAUCGAUUUCGCUACCCCGUCCUCCCCCCCUUCCGCUCCCCCUUCCGCGGCCCACUCACAUCACGGCCGUGUAAAGCGCAGCGCCAGUGACAACAACUGUCCGAGCCAGUCCACGCCCUCCUCUGCCAAGCCUGCCGUCCCGCCUCCCAGCCGAACUUCCUCCGCAGGCUCGGAGCUAGGCAAGGGCGCAGCGGCGGCGGCUGCAGCUGCUGUGGCGGAGUUUUCAGCGCGCAGGCAGCACAUGGGCGCGGAAGCUGCAGGGGCGGAGCGGGGAAAGGGGGGAAAGACGCCUAUAGGAGCAGCAGCAGGUGCAGCAGUGGUAACGACAGGAGGAAGAGAGAGAAGUGAGGGUUCAGGCAGUGCUAAGGAUCGUCCCCCUGGGGGCAGGGGGAAGGGGGGGGCAGUGGCGGGGGGGGUGUGGUGGGGGAGGGCGGUGGUGGGGGCGCUGCAGCAGCGGUCAGCGGGGGGAAUGAGGCGGCUGGCGCUGCUGAUUGCGCUCAACUCCGCGUAUUCCACUGCGGAGCUCAUAGUGGGGCUGCUCAUAGGGCGAAUAGAGCUCGUGUCCGACUCCUUCCAUCUCUCCUUCGGCUGCUGCAUCCUGCUGCUCUCCCUCGCCGCCAUGCUCGUGGGGAAACGCCCUGCAGAUGCCACCUUCACCUACGGCUAUGAGAGGCUGGAGGUCCUAGCAGCCUUCACCAACGGGUGCGAAUCCAAGUGCAUCGCUGUUGCUCCUGCCUUCAGCUAUGAGAGGCUGGAGGUGUUAUCAGCCUUCACCAACGGGCUCUUCCUUCUCUUCCUCUCCUUCUCGCUAGCAGUGGAGUGCCUGCAUGCUUAUAUCGAGGACGAAGCAGAGCACAAGCACUACCUGGUGCUCUCUGCAGUGGUUCAUCUGCUCAUCAACCUCCUCGGAGUCUUCUUCUUUAAAAGCUUUGCCCGCCGCACAAUAACAUACCAGAGACCAAGGGACAUGAACCAUCAUGCCAUCCUGCUUCACCUUCUCUGUGACUCCAUCCGAAGGGUGUACUGUGCAGAGGCCAUCUGUCUGGGCCUCGUCUCCCUCGCAGUGCUGGUGCUCGCGCUGCCAUUGGUGCAAUCGUCCGGCAAUCUCCUGCUGCAGAUGGCCCCUGCAGGCAUCUCCGAACCCGCGCUGCACAAAUGCAUUCGCCAUGUGGCGGCAUAUGAGGGGGUAGAAGAAUGCAUAGAGCAUCGCUUUUGGGCAGUGGUCCCUGGACAUGUGGUGGGAACACUUACUGUUCGGGUUAGAGAAGGCGUGGAUGAGCAAAAGGCUCAUUCAUCGGAUAUGACUGCUGACGUGGAAAGCUCCCACUGUCUCUACCCUCUCCUCUCUAUGGCGCGUUCCUCGCCUGUCCCCGCUGAUCCUGGUGCGUCCGCGUUUGCAGCGUCCUCUCUUCACAGUACAGCAACCCCUCCCUCAGAGCCGUUUAGAGAGGAAGGAGAGCAGCUUCAGUCCGUUAGGCCGUUCGAUCUAUCGCUACCCUCACGCAAUUCGUUCUUAACUCCUCAAGCCGCUCGGCCUUCCAUAGUCAUGUCAGCGAUUAACGCUGCAGCAACGGCUACAGGCUCGGCAAACCUGGCCAAUCAGCAGCAUUCUCUCCAACCAAGCCCUUGCCUCCAAUCGCCGGUUGACGUCAGUUUACCGAUCGCCAUUCCCUCCGCUCUUCGCGGGACGGCGGUAGUGGCGGUAACUGGCGCGGGGAUCGAGGCGAAUGCGCUAAGCCCGCAUUCCACGCUUAGUGGCGGAAUAACGCACAAGCUGUUCCUUAGCACGCAAUCCUUCCGCAGUUUUCCUCCCAACCUCCCCCUUUCUGCGCUUGGCUCAUGCUCCUCCUCGGGAUCGUCCGGGGCCUCCUCCCCCUGUGGCGGAACGGAACGCGGUUCGCAGUCGCUUUCCGUCAAGCGACAUCACGGGGGGUCGGAGAACUUGCUGAAACGGAUCAAUUUUAGCAUGUCGAUGCCGAAUUUGAACGGGUGGUUGAGGAAUAAAGACAGGCGGUUCGACGAAGGCGCCGGAGGUUCCGCACACGGGCCGGACGAGGGGAGUGACUUGUCGGCUAUUUUCGAAGUGCCGCAAAGCGUGGCGCAAAGUGCGGAGCGAAACGCGAUUCAGAACGCCGUGCAAACUGCCGUGCAGAAUGUAGAUGCGGGGCAAACGGCGAUCACGCUGAGCCGAAGCCACAAGGAACCGGUGCGAGAGGUGUCGCCGGCCGGAGGCGCGGCGGUCGUGGAAGGGGCGCGCGAGGGGGAGGCAGCGGACUGCGAGGGUGGAGAGCAGGAGCUGUUAGGACUAGAGGCGGAGGAAGGGAUAGUCGUCUCCUGGUCUUUAAAUAACGACGCUGCGGCGCGGGGGAACGGCGGAGCGACGUGCGCAUCGGCGGAGGGAGCGGAGUGGGCAGAAGGGGUGGCGGGGGAGGACCGCAUGCAGGUGGUGGCCUCAGGUAAUGGCUACGUGUUUUCUGCCGUGUAUGACGGAUUCACCGACACGUCAGCAGCCGAUUUUCUUGUCGCUAAUCUGCACUCGCGCUUCGCCCAGCAAUUAGUUGCCCGCGGGCUGGAUUUCGGAGAGGCAAACUCGAAUGCCUCGUCGGUCCCGGCGGAAGGAGCUGCGCAGAAAGAAGCGGAGGCGAAAGACACAUCGCGGCGACACGAGAUGGUCCUGCAAGCACUAGCGGCGGCGCUGAGCGAAACCGAAGCGGCGUACUUUGAGUCGUUAGAGGAGCGAAUGGCGGAGCAGUUAGAGCUGGCGGUGGCGGGCGCGUGCCUCGUGGUUGCCGUGGUGGCCGGGCGUGAGCUUUACGUCAUGAACCUCGGGGACUGCCGCGCCGUGGUUGUGGCGGAGGACGGGCAGGCGGGGCAGGCUGGGCAGGCGGGGGAAGAGGGAGAGACGGGAGAGGAGGUGGAGGCGGAGGGGCGGAAGAAGCUGGCGGAGUUGCGGGCGACUCAGCUGACGGAGGACCACGACACGAGCAACGAGAAGGAGGUGGAGAGGUUGAGGAGGGAGAGGGCGGACGAUCCCGACGCCAUCACAAAGAUGCGAGUCAAGGGCAAGCUCAAGACUACCAGGGCGUUUGGUGCCGCCUACCUCAAGAAUCCGCGAGUCAAUGCCAUGCUUCUCGGCAUGCUGCGAGUGCAGUACGUGGGGUCUCAGCCCUACCUCUCCUCCUCGCCACACCUGCACCACCUCACUCUCUCCCCCUCCCACCGCUACCUUGUCCUCUCCUCCGACGGCCUUUAUCAACACAUGACUCCUGCCGACGCUGCUGCCUCUGUGUCCCGCGCACUGGCUGCUGUGGAUAAGGCUUCUGGCGCUGGUAGCACCAGUGCUGAGGGUGGUUGUGGGAGCCCGUGUAAGGGCGCUGGUGGGCCGAAUCUUUCGCAUGCGCUGGUGCAAGAGGCGCUUGAUCGAGCUGCGAGAAGAGCAGGAACGUAUGAGAGCGUUCGGAGAAGCCAUUCAGUGGCGGAUGGAAGGCAUAGAGACGACAUCAGCCCUGCUCAACAUGGGAGGCACCUGUGGGACAUCCGACGGCACACAACACCCCCUGCAGCGGGAUUUAACGACCACUUCACCGCUCUGCACUCCUCACAACCUCUCCCAGCACUGGGUCCUUUCCGUUCAGAGAGCGGCAGUGCAGCAGCACAUAUGCCUGGCUACUCCCAUGGAUUGGCACCAGGAGUAACAUCAGGGGUUUCAUCAGGAUUGACCUACACAGGGAUGCUGGAAGGCGGGCCGUCAGCAUUGGAUCCUGGAGGGAGGGGGUUCAGUGCGCUGAGUGAAUUUGAUGCAGAGGUGGCUGCAGCAGGGGGGAAGCAGCAAGGCGGCAGCAUGAUGCAAGCGAUGCAGGCUGCAAUGGGAGAAGACCCUCGGCCUUCCCUUGGCGAUUCCAAUCAGUUUCCAUGGUCCUCCUUGGGGCACAGAGCUGGGGGAUAUGGGGCAUCAGCACUUGAUUACCCAUCUCGCCUGUCCGCAAUGGGGAUGGGUUUGGGGUCAGGAGGAACUGGAGCUACAAUGAUGCAAGGAUUGGAAUCUCUCAACUACCAACAGCUUUCCGGAAGGGCACAGGGGCAGGGGAUAGCAGGGGCUGAUGGCUUUCCCGGUAUGGUGGGAGCAUCAUCUGGGGGGCUGUCUCAUAGGCUAGCUAUGGAUGAAGGAAGGAUGCUCAUGGGUCAAGCGGAGGCUGGCAUGGAAGGGAUUGGAAGCGGCACUGGCUUGGCAGGAUUCUUGCAGUACCACCACCAUAGCCUGGAUCCGUCGCCGCUUCCCCGCACACCAUCAGGCCAAGUCAUCAUGCCAUCCGGCCACGUCAGCAUGUCGGACAGAGCGUACCUGCAGCAGCCGGCCAGCACCUCGUUCCAGAGCCUCCUCACUGCUCCGGAGGAGAGAGGUCUACCCGGCUGGCCUGACAGGGCGCUAGGCUUCGAUGCCGGCCCAUCUUUUGGCGGUGGUGGUGGUGGCGGUGGCGGUGGUGCGUCCAGUGCGGGCAUGACUGACGCCAUGCUGUGGUCCGCUAGUCUCCACAGGGAUCUCCAAGAAGCAGGCAGGCUGGGAGGAGCUGCUAGAAUGGGUUCUGGUGGAGCUACGGCUGCUGGGGUUCAGGCACAGCAGCAGCACGAGGGGGGUCUGGAGCAGCAGCAGCGUCAGGGUGAGCCGGGAGUGGGAGGUGCGGGCGGUGAUGGGAAAACUAUUGAGGCAGAGAGUGGGGCACUGGACGCUGGUGCGGAUGGGGCACAGGGGGGUGAUGCAGGGGGGGUUGGUGGGGCAACACAGGGUGGAUUGGAGGGCGGUGAGGGGAAGGGGAGCGGAGGAGCAUCAGAGGGGGAGGGAGGAGAUGGGGGUUUGCAGCGGUCGUCACGGCUGCCUCCCUGGGCGAGGAAACAGCUGCAGCAGUCAGGAAGGGCCCUCGGGGGCGACCCUUUCCGUGUGUCCUCCCCUCGACUCGCCUCCUCUCCCCAUCUCUCCUCCCAAUUCUCCUCCCCGCUCUCUUCCCCACACCUGCCAUCUCCCCUCUUCUCCCCCGGCCAGCCUUCUCCAUUCUCCUCCCCUUGCUUCUCCCACCUCCCCUCCCCUCGCCUGGCCGAAUUCCAACGCCUCUCCAUCUCCAUCCCACCCAGCCCUCCCCCUUUCGGCGCACACUCCCCCUUAGGGGCGUACACACCCAUGGGCGCACCCUCCCCCUCUUCCAGAAUCCCUGGCUCCUUCCCCUUCCCCACGCAUUCCCCCCUCUCUGGUGCCUUUCCUUCCGCCAGCCCCAACACCCCUUCUGUGGCCAAAAUCUCCCCCAGUGUAGCUGCAAGCAACCGCAGCAAGAGGAGGCUGGCCCUUCGCGCCCACCACUCAGGGGCGCAUAUCCCUGGUAGAGGGCGGCACACAGGGGGAAGAGGCGGAGGGCUUGGGGGAUCCCUGGGGUCCCCAAGAGGGAGCGGACGAAUGGGGCAGCAGAGGAUGAGGGUGCAGGGGACGUCUGGGGGUUUGAAUGUGGGUGGAGAAGGGAUGGGUGGGACGGGGUACGAGCAGGGAGCGGUGGGUGUGGCAGCGCAGCAGAUGAGUCCGGGGCAGGUGAUGGUGCAUGGGAAUGUGAGUGGCAGCAGCAGUGGCGGGGGAGUUAUCGGUGGCAGCAGGCUGCGACCACAGGCUUCACUGACCGAGUCCGAAGGCAGGGGGUCUCUCACCCGGUCGGAAGGGGAGGGAAGCGGAGGCAGUGGCGGCAGCAGGGGCACGGCACUGGCAAUGCCACGUAGGAUCGCCAGCAUGGAGGUCACCGGUGACGUUGCAGGGCCUGCUGACGUGGAUGGUGGUGCUGACGUGGACUCCAAGUCGGGCGGGUCUGCUGGCAGCACGCCAAAGCAGCUGCAAGGCGUGUCCAACCAGGAUUUGUCUCCAUCCACAGGCACUGGCUUCCGUGGCUAUGGCUCCAAGAGCAAGUCAAUAGGCGUGUUGUUUGAGAAGCUGCUGACGGCCAGUGACACGAGCCACCUGGGCAGGAUCGUGCUGCCCAAGAGCAAGGCAAUAGGCGUCUUGUUUGAGAAGCUGCUGACAGCCAGCGACACGAGCCACCUGGGGCGGGUGGUGCUGCCCAAGGUGCCGGCAGAGCGCUUCCUGCCACACGUGGAGAGCAAGGAGGGCAUUCUCAUCAUUGUUGAAGACUCUAUCGGCGGCCAGUGGUGCUUUCGCUACAGGUAUGCUCCUUCGAUAGUGUUGGUGCUUGUGGUACUGGUAUGUGGUGUUCGUGGUAGAAGUCGCAUUGAUUCCUGCCGCACGUGGAGAGCAAGGAGGGCAUUCUCAUCAUCGUUGAAGACUCCAUUGGUGGCCAAUGGUGCUUUCGCUACAGGUGUGUGUGCUCUUCACGGUACUGAGAUGCCUCCUUGGUUCUUCUCGCGUCUGGAGAGCACGGAUGAGGUUGUGGGAACUGGUGCUACAGGUUUUGGCCCAACAAUCGGAGCAGGAUGUAUGUGCUGGAGCACGCAGAUGCUGAAGGAGCAAAAAGCGCCACCAGCAGUGCUCGCCGCGCCUCCCACCGUCGCCAGCCCAUCCAUCCUCGCCGCCCCCACCACUCCUGCGCCCGUCCUCGCCCUCUCCACGCACCCUGUCCCGCUCUCUGCUGUCCCCAUCACCCCCUGCAUCGCACCUGCUGUGACCGUCCCUAUCACCCCUUCGCGAGCCCCUCUCUCUGCUCUCCCUACUAUGUCCAGCGUAACACAGGACGUCCUACCCCAGUUCCCACCUCCACCCACCUCCUCCUUCGGUUUCCUCCAGCACAGACCAGACCUGCGUCCUCAGCCCCACUCCCUCCCUUCCCCACAGUCGCUCCUCCUUUCACACUCACUCCCUCUCACUCGCUCCAUUGAUCGCUUUCAGGGGAGUAUCAUGCAGGGAGGUGAGCAGAUAGAAAGCGUCCCUCCUACCCAAGACCCACUUCAGGUGGACCCCCACCUCCCCUCUCCCCACAGCCACACGCCCCGCCCUCUCAGGCUGCUCUCCGUGCCUUCCCUACCUAGGACCCCCACACUCCCACCUGAUACUGACGGGUCGUCUGCAGCAGCUGGGUCCGCCACUAUUGCUGCUGCUACUGUGGCUGCCAUCGCCGCCUCUGCCGCCGCUGCCACCGCCUCUGCUCCUGCUGCUGGUGGUGAAGGUGCUGGUGCUGGUGCUGGUGCUGGUGGGAAUGGAGGUGUGCAGGAAGGUUCCAGGCCUGAUUUGGCGCAGAAAUGUGUGGGUGAAACAGGAGGAGGUGUGGGUGGGGCACAGGGGCAGGCAAAGAAGGCAGCAGAGGCAGGAGCAGCAGAGGCAAGUGUGAGUGGUGCUGCGAAGUUAGACUUGAAGGAGGGUUUCGAAGGGAGCUGGCAGACUGCUGCUGCCAUGGCCCUGCUCCCUGGCGAUCGGGGUUAUGAGGAGCCAACUCGCGGUUUUGGGCAGCCAAGAAGUGGCUUUGAAGACCCUAGCUGCAGUUAUCAUGUGCCGAGCGGCCGUAUUGUGCAGGAUCAGGAGAAUUGUAUCGUUGGCCAGUUGCAGUGUUACGGUGAUUUGGUGGGAGGAAUGGUGAGGGGCGACGAGAAGGGAAUGGAGAGAGGAGGGAGGGCGAUGGAAGAGGAGGGGUUUGCGUCGAUAGGUGCUGGAUUGGGUGAGACGGAAGCAGACCGGCCUGCACACAUGGGGAAUCAUCUAGAUGCCCUUAUGGAAGAUGCAGAGACAGAGGCGGCUUUGGAUCUCACAUUCACUGCGGCUGAGUGGGGCAUUGCUGCUGCUAUACGGCUCGGCCUCCCAAUUCAGCAGCUGCAGGUGGCGGGGAGGUGUGUUUGUGGCACAACUUUGCGGUGGCGAAGAUCUCUAGGCGUCGGGGGGGUGGUGACAAUGGAGGAUAGUGUGGUGCUGCAGAGGAAGCGGGUUGAUGUGGCGGUGCGACGUCCAAUGGCUGGAGAGGCUCACGCCCUAGAGAUCAGCGUCGCGGACCCGCUAUCGCUGUCUCCAUCACUGCUGGGACAGUGCGGGCGUCAAAUAGGUGUGGCGGCAAGGGAGUGGGAGCGUCGCAAAACGAGUGAUUACGCGCCUCUGGUUGCACGCAACCGGGGCGUGCAGUUCACCCCUUUGAUAGUUGAGACGUGGGGGUGUCUCGGCGGUCGUUUUCAGCGGUGGCUUCGUCAGCAGGAGGAUGCGCACGUGGGGCUAGCUGUGUCGCGGGGGGCUUGUCGAGAGGACGACUCUAUGUUUUCGGCUUAUCUUUUAGGGUUACUGAAGGCGCUCAUCGGGGUGGCGUUACAACGUGCGCAAGCCCGUGUCAUCCUGCUUCGAGCGGCGUCUUCCAUGGGGGGGAUUAACGUAGAUUUGGUGGACCGAGAGAGGGACGAUGUCGAUGUGGAAGGCGGGGCUCUCUGGGUGGAGGCCCCGUACAUGGUCGAUACGCUGAUGUGA